GAUACUGCUUUUAUAAUAACAUCGGCUUAAUUCACCUGAUCUGUUCACGUAUUUUUUGUAGGCCUAACUGUAAUUUAAUUGGCAAAGAAUGAGCUCCGAGGUCUUUGUGUCAAGGCCCCACUAUGACAGCAGAGCUGUGGCCCAGGGGGUCCAGGAGAGAGACCUCUCUGUAAAGCCGGAUGUCCCGCAGCCGUCCUCGGGCUCAGCCACAGCCGGUUACCGCUCCGCUAAAUACGGCCCUGCUGAAUGGUUCUCCAACUACCACAGCAUCCUCCAGCAGGCCGGCACCGAGAGCCACGCAGCCCGGAGCCUCCAAAGAGAGUCCAAAGCUCUGCACCAGGACACCGAGGCAGGCACUUUCAAGACCCAGGGUGAGGGGACGCGUCUCCUGGGGGAGAGACUGCAUGAGAUCCACAGCUGGAAGUCUGAGCUGCAGCGGCACAUCGAGCAGCUGCAGGCCGACACAGAGUCACUGCUGGCGCUGAAGACGAGGCUGGAGAAUGCGCUGGACGCCUCCGAGACUCCGUAUGCCAUCUCCACCGAUAAUCUGAGCUGCAGGGCCCGGAGACUGGGACCAGACCUGGUGCGAGACUCCGUGGAAGAGGAGCUGGUGAAGGAAGUGGACUUGAUCAGAAGUGUCCAGGCUCUUCUGAAGAGAACUACAGCUCAAGUUGUCAGACAGAUCAAGAUGAACCGAGAGGCAAAGCAGACGUUGGAGAUGGAUUGGUCUGACAAGUACCAGGCAUACAACUUUGAUGACCACAGUGGAAGACACAGUAACAUGAGCACAGACACACGGCACCACCCAAGCUCAGCCACCUUCCAGGACCAAGUGUGUAACUGCACAUCGUGGACAAAGUUUACACAGGACAACCUGAACAAGGCCCAGCAGGAAGAACAAACCACCCACAGUCUCAGGCUGCUGGUGGAGCAGGUGCUGCAGGACACCACUGAAGAUCUGGAAUUCCAGUGCUCCAGUGUGGACCGAGCCUUCAGCCGGCGCGUUCAGGAGCUGAUAGAGGCCAAGACCCAGAUGGAGACCAAGCUGGCACAGGUCCUGGAGCAGAUUGGGGCCCAGGAGAGGAACAUUGUGUUGCUGCAGCAAGCCAUCCACAACAAAGAGGCUCCACUGAGAGUAGCCCAGUCCAGACUUUACCUCCGCUCCCUCAGACCCAACAUGGAGCUCUGUAGAGAUCAGCCCCAGUUCAGUUUGGAAGGGGAGGUGAGGCAGAUUGAUGCCACUGUGGCGGCCCUGCAGCAGCAGCUGAGUGAGGCCAGACGCUCCCUGUCCCACCUGGAAGAGUCACGCAUCACCCUCGAGAAGGACAUUAACUGCAAAACCCACUCACUGUUCAUCGAGAGAGACAAGUGCAUGAUCCACCGAAAACGAUACCCCGCGGCCUCCAAACUGUUAGGAUACUGAAAGCAAUGACUCGGAGUGUUUUUGUGAAAUGUAGCAAUUUUGUUGUUUUUCAAAUGUUACCAUCCUGGAUUAUAUUGUCUGUUUUUUUCUGUGUUGUGAGGAUCAGUAAAACAAAAUUAAAACAAGAAAGCCUGAACAUUGAUUAUUAUUAACACAUUUAAAAGUAUUUAAAUUCACAAAAUCACUAAUACUGACAACUAUCAACAAUGUGCUGAAUUCAUUUUUGUGUAAUAAGGAAAACCAUACUGCAGCGUUGCUUACUGAUCUCCAUAUACACUGUUGUACUGAUAAGUUUUACAGCAUUUCUUACACAAAAGUAUUAACUAAACAUAAUACAGUCACAAUGUAAAGGGAAGAAGGCUUUGAAGUCCUUAAAGUUUAACAGUCAAGUUUAAUAUACAAUAUAAACAGGGUACAAGGCAGUUGUGAAAGAUGUACUCAGAAACUGUAUUUAUAUUCUUUUAAAUGGUUCUCUUGUAGCAUUUACUGUAUACAAAAUAUCCACUCCAUGAGAGGGAGCUCUUGAGCCUCAAUAUAUUGUCUCAUGUCACAUUUCAUUACAGUGAGCUGCUUGUCUUUAAUGUUGCACUCUUCUUUUCCUUAUACAUGUGAUGUU